AUGAGGACGGGUCUGUUUGGGUUUGCUGCUGCUGGCGGUGGUCGGCUGCUGAUCGCAGUGGCUGUGGUGGUGGUGAUGGCAGCACUGGCUGUGCCUGCCACCCCUGCACUGGCAGCCUCCACACCAAACAUUCUGGUGCUGUUCGCGGACGACCUUGGCUUUGGCGAUCUGUCGUCCAUGGGGCACCCCACAAUCCGCAGCCCCAACAUUGACCAGCUGAUGCAUGAGGGCUUGCGCUUCACCCAGUGGUACUCCGCCUUCCACGUCUGCUCGCCAAGCCGUGCAAGCAUGAUGACUGGUCGCAUUCCCAUUCGCGUCGGCUGCGCCGGUGCAACGUGGACCGGCGGUGUCUUCGAUCCCUCCUCUGUCGGCGGCCUUCCCCUCAACGAAACAACAAUGGCUGACGUGCUGAAGACCAAAGGCUACGCAACGGCAGCCAUCGGCAAAUGGCACCUGGGUCAGCAGCCCAAGUUUAUGCCUACAAACCGUGGCUUUGACUCUUACAUUGGCGUUCCCUUCUCCGUCGACAUGGGAAAAUCUGCUUGGUACGAUACGUCCCCGGAUCCGCCGCUGCCUCUCGUCCGCGAUCUCGAUGUGAUUGAGCAGCCUAGUUUGCCGACGAGGUACUUUGCUGUCUUGUUGUUGUUGUUGUUGUUGUUGUUGUUGUUGUUGUUGUUGUUGUUGUUGUUGUUGUUGUUGUUGUUGUUGUUGUUGUUGUUGUUGUUGUUGUUGUUGUUGUUGUUGUUGUUGUUGUUGUUGUUGUUGUACAGUGUCUGA